ACGUAAUAGUGUUUGUUGGUGCGCUGUCCACUGCUCCGGCUUUGCUUCUGCUUCUCAUUCUUCGACAACAUUCUGCCCAUAGUUUUCUGUCAAGUGGUUCCUUUACUUAAUCUCGUGCAUUGGGUUUUCUAAGUGGAAGUUUACGUGAAAAGCAACCAUGGAUGUUGAUUCGCAGCCAACUAUGGAGGAAACUAUUUUGGUUGGUGAUGACCUGAUGAUGGGCCCACCAUCACCUAUCAUUCCACCAGAGAUUGCUUCUCAUGUUCUUGAAGGUGUCGAAUUGUGUGAUGGGUUAUUGAGAAAUCUAUUCUUGUGCCUGCAAAUUAACGACAUUGAGCCAUUUUGUCAAGAUGAGAUUGUAUUGUAUAGGGAAUGUGCUGAAAAAAGGGAUAGAGAAUUAAGGAAACGGGUUGAGGAAAGCGAGCACAAACUGGGGUUAUCAAUGCCUUUAGAUGAAGCAAAGCAAAGGGCUACUCUGAUUGAAUCAGAGAUCACAUCAUUAGAAAGGCGCUUGAUUCUUGCUAGUGGGAUUGAAGGUGUGGACGGCUUUCGCCAGAGAUGGAGUUUGCAUGGCCGCCUUACAGAUACCAAGAAAAGAUUGGAAUCUUUGAAGCAGGGAAUGGAGAAUGGGACAAAAGAUGAACCACUUGGUCAUUCUACUGCUGCUGCUGCUACUACUACCAAACGGAGAUGGUUCUUCUGGUGAUCGCUUAAAUACAUAUACCAUAACGGAAUUCGAUUGAUAUGGUAGGAAUAAUGAUUUAUUGUAGCAAUGACUUUUAAAUUUUUAGGGCACCUCAUAUUUUGGACUUAAUUGUGUGUUUGUUAAUGGAGUACGUUAGUGCACUUUAUUGAAAAAAAUAAAUAAAAAAGUUCGAGAUUGGAUUUUUCG